AGGCGGCCCGAUCGCUGUGCGCAGGCGCGCGAGGCCCGGACCUCGGCGGCGAGGUGCGCAGGCGCCCCGGGCGCUGCUAACUGAAGCGGCCAUGGACGCCCUCGAGUCGUUGUUGGACGAGGUGGCCCUGGAGGGGCUCGACGGCCUGUGUCUGCCCGCGCUGUGGAGUCGCCUGGAGUCCCGCUCGCCUCCCUUUCCCCUGAUACUGGAGCCCUACACGCAGGAGUUUCUGUGGCGGGCCCUAGCCACGCACCCGGGCAUCAGUUUUUACGAGGAGCCGCGAGAGCGACCCGAUCUGCAGCUCCAAGACCGAUAUGAAGAAAUUGACUUGGAAACUGGAAUUCUGGAGUCCAGAAGGGACCCGGUCACUUUGGAGGACGUCUACCCCAUUCACAUGAUCUUAGAGAAUAAGGAUGGCAUCCAGGGCUCCUGCCGAUACUUUAAGGAGAGGAAGGACAUUACCAGUCAGAUCAGGACCAAGUGUUUGCAGCCUCGUUGUACGAUGGUAGAGGCCUUCAGCAGGUGGGGUAAGAAGCUCAUUAUUGUGGCCUCCCAGGACAUGCGCUACCGGGCCUUAAUAGGAAUGGAGGGGGAUCCUGACCUGAAGCUUCCUGAUUUUUCCUACUGCAUUUUGGAGCGCUUAGGCCGGUCCAGGUGGCAAGGAGAACUGCAGCGAGACCUUCACACCACCGCUUUCAAGGUGGACGCUGGGAAGCUUCAUUAUCACAGGAAAAUUCUCAACAAGAACGGGCUCAUUACAAUGCAGUCCCAUGUGAUCCGACUACCUACUGGAGCCCAGCAACACUCCAUCCUCCUGCUUCUGAACCGCUUUCACGUGGACAGGAGGAGCAAGUAUGACAUCCUCAUGGAGAAGCUGUCUAUGAUGCUGAGCACACGGAGCAACCAGAUUGAGACUCUGGGAAAGCUGAGGGAGGAACUGGGGCUGUGUGAAAGGACAUUCAAGCGUCUGUACCAGUACAUGUUGAAUGCUGGGCUGGCCAAGGUGGUGUCCCUUCCCUUGCAGGAGAUUCACCCUGAGUGUGGUCCCUGUAAGACCAAGAAAGGGACUGAUGUCAUGGUUCGGUGCCUUAAGCUACUGAAGGAGUUCAAGCGGAAGAUGGAGGACGACCAUGACGAUGAUGACGAUGAGGAGGUCAUCUCUAAGGGUGUGCCUCCUGUGGACAUCGUUUUUGAGCGAGACAUGCUCACACAGACCUACGAGCUCAUUGAGCGCAGAGGCACGAAAGGAAUUUCCCAGGCUGAGAUCCGAGUUGCUAUGAACGUGGGAAAGCUGGAAGCGAGAAUGCUGUGUCGGCUCCUUCAGAGGUUCAAGGUUGUCAAGGGAUUCAUGGAAGAUGAAGGCCGGCAGCGGACCACCAAGUACAUUUCCUGCGUGUUUGCGGAGGAGAGUGACCUGAGCCGCCAAUAUGCACGCGAAAAGGCCCGAGGAGAGCUGCUGACCACUGUGAGCCUAGCCUCAGUGCAGGAUGAGUCCCUCAUGCCCGAGGGUGAAGAGGCCUUCCUCUCUGACUCAGAAAGUGAGGAGGAGAGCAGCUGCAGUGGCAAGCGGAAGGGCCGAGGGUCCCGGGGCCAGUCAAGAGCCUCAGGGAAUGCUGGCUCUCAGCCUCAUCACUCCACUCCAGCCAAGGGUGGGUGGAAAGUCCUAAACCUGCACCCACUGAAGAAGCCGAAGGCUGCCUCCCAUGGCGGCGCUGAGGGAAGAGCCCGCCGAAGCUCGGCUGGUAGGGAAGGCCUGAACACCAGCAGCUCCUCUGAGCUCAACACAUCCUUUGACCCUAACAACAUGGAGAGUCACAGUGGAGACAUCGCUGUGAUUGAGGAGGUCCGCCUCGAUAACCCCAAGGAAAGUGGUGGCUCCCAGAAAGCCGGACGGCAUGGCCCAGGCCAGGACAAGCCUCACAAAACAUACCGGCUGCUGAAGCGCAGGAAUCUGAUCAUAGAAGCUGUCACCAACCUCCGACUGAUUGAGAGCCUGUUCACGAUUCAGAAGAUGAUCAUGGACCAGGAAAAGCAAGAGGGUGUCUCCACCAAGUGCUGUAAGAAGUCCAUUAUCCGCUUGGUUCGGAACCUGUCUGAGGAGGGUCUCUUGAGAUUGUAUCGGACUACGGUCAUUCAGGAUGGCAUCAAGAAGAAGGUGGAUCUGGUCGUGCACCCAUCCAUGGACCAGAAUGACCCUCUUGUGAGAAGUGCCAUUGAGCAGGUUCGCUUCCGGAUCUCCAACUCAAGCACAGCAAACAGGGUUAAAGUUCCACAGACUCCAGCACCCCAAGAGGAGGCAGAAGAGGAAAGCCGUGAGCCAGAGGUCCCGAGUGGAUCAGCAGACUCUGAACCGAACACAUCUUUAAAGUCAGAAAGCGGACGGGUGAAAAAGACGGAUGAAAAAAUGGGCAUAACCCCGCUCAAAAAUUAUAAACCUGUCAUAGUUCCUGGACUGGGGCGCUCCAUAGGGUUUCUUCCCAAGAUGCCCCGCCUUCGGGUGAUGCACCUGUUCCUGUGGUACCUGGUCUACGGGCAUCCUGCUGGCCACACCGGGGAGCAGCCCACUUACCACAGUGAAAGGAAAGCAGGGAAGCAGGAGCCCAGCAGGCCAGGGGCCCAGCCCGCCUCGGGAGAUGACUGGGGCACCUCGGAAGCCAAAGACAGCACAGAAAGCGGCUCCUGGGAGGCAGAAAUGGAGCUCUCCACAGAGAUAGUAUAUGUGGAUGAAAUCUCGUGGAUGCGCUACGUCCCUCCCAUCCCAAUCCACAGGGACUUUGGCUUUGGCUGGGCUCUCGUCAGUGACAUUCUUCUCUGCCUGCCCCUCUCCAUCUUUGUUCAAGUUGUUCAAGUGAGCUACAAGGUGGACAACCUGGAGGAUUUUCUAAAUGACCCUCUGAAGAAGCACACACUGAUCCGCUUCCUCCCCAGGCACAUCCGACAGCAGCUCCUGUAUAAGAGGCGGUACGUUUUCUCGGUGGUGGAGAACCUACAGCGGCUGUGCUACAUGGGGCUGCUGCAGUUUGGACCCACAGAGAAGUUCCAGGAUAAAGACCAGGUCUUCGUUUUCCUGAAGAAGAACGCAGUCAUUGUCGACACCACCAUCUGUGAUCCACAUUACAACCUGGCCCACAGCAGCCGACCUUUCGAGAGACGUCUCUAUGUCUUGGACUCUAUGCAGGAUGUGGAAAGCUACUGGUUUGACCUGCAGUGUAUCUGCCUCAACACCCCACUAGGUGUGGUGCGUUGCCCCUGUGCACAGAAGAUCUGCCCUGAUCAGGGCAGUGACCCAGAAGGCAGCUUGCGGAAGGAGCAGGAGAGCGCCAUGGAUAAGCACAACCUGGAGCGCAAGUGUGCCAUGCUGGAGUACACCACGGGGAGCCGAGAAGUUGUGGAUGAAGGCUUAGUCCCCGGAGAUGGGCUGGGAGCUGCUGGGCUGGAUUCUAGCUUCUAUGCACACCUGAAGCGCAACUGGGUCUGGACCAGCUACAUUAUCAACAAAGCCAGAAAGAACAACACCCCCGAGAAUGGGCUCACAGGAAGACUCCAGACGUUCCUGUCUAAGCGCCCAAUGCCUCUUGGAUCCGGAGGCAGUGGCCGUUUGCCACUCUGGUCAGAGGGGAGAGCUGAUACCGAGCUCUGUGCUGACAAGGAGGAACAGUUUGAACUGGACCGAGAACCUACCACUGGCAGGAACCGUAAAGUGCGUGGUGGGAAGAGCCAGAAGCGGAAGCGGCUGAAGAAGGAGCCGAUCAUCAGAAAGAUCAAGCGAAGAAGGAGAGGAGAGCACCCGGAAGCAAAAAGCAAAAAGCUGCGCUACCAAGAUGAGGCUGACCAGAAUGCCCUCCGGAUGAUGACCCGGCUGCGUGUCUCCUGGUCCAUGCAGGAGGAUGGGUUGCUAAUGCUCUGCCGAAUUGCCAGCAAUGUCCUCAAUACCAAGGUGAAAGGACCAUUUGUCACCUGGCAGGUUGUGCGGGACAUUUUACAUGCUACCUUUGAAGAGUCUUUGGAUAAGACAUCUCACUCAGUUGGACGAAGAGCUCGCUACAUAGUCAAGAAUCCCCAGGCCUUUAUGAACUACAAGGUCUGCCUGGCAGAGGUGUACCAGGAUAAGGCACUCGUUGGAGAUUUCAUGAGUCGAAAGGGUAACUACGAAGACCCAAAGGUUUGUGCCAAGGAGUUUAAAGAAUUUGUGGAGAAGCUGAAAGAAAAGUUCAGCUCUGGCCUGAGGAACCCCAAUCUUGAGAUCCCCAACACACUGCAGGAGCUCUUUGCCAAAUACCGAGUGUUGGCAAUUGGAGAUGAGAAGGACCGUGUCAGGAAGGAGGAUGAACUUAAUAGUGUGGAGGACAUCCACUUCCUGGUGCUACAGAACCUGAUCCAGAGCACACUGUCCCUCUCUAACAGCCAGUCCAACUCUUGCCAGUCCUUCCAGAUCUUCCGUCUCUACCGGGAGUUCCGGGAGCCUGUACUAGUGCGGGCCUUCAUGGAAUGCCAAAAGAGGAGCCUGGUCAACCGGCGCCGAGUCAGCCAUUCCCAGGGUCCCAAGAAGAACCGUGCUGUGCCCUUCGUGCCCAUGUCCUACCAGCUCUCCCAAUCAUACUACAAGCUUUUCACAUGGCGAUUUCCCACCACCAUCUGCACUGAAUCCUUCCAGUUCUACGACAGACUCCGGGCUGCCAGCAUACUAGACCAGCCUGAUCAUUUUUCCUUCAAGGACCUGGAUAGCAGUGACCCUCCAAGUGACCUGGUGGCAUUUUCUUUGGAUAGCCCUGGAGGAUACUGUGUGACAGUUCUGGCUCUCUUCUCCCUGGGCCUCCUCUCUGUGGAUGUCAGAAUUCCAGAGCAGAUUGUGGUGGUGGACAGCUCCAUGGUGGAGAGUGAGGUCAUGAAGAGCUUGGGGAAAGAUGCAGGCUUGGAUGAUGACGAGGAGGAGGAAGACUUGGAUGAAGGUUCCGGGGCCAAGCGCCAGGGUGUGGAAGUAAAGGCCCAUCAGGCCUCACACACCAAGUACCUGCUGAUGCGGGGUUACUACACAAUGCCAGGAGUGGUCAGUACGCGCAACCUGAACCCCAAUGACAGCAUCGUGGUCAAUUCCUGCCAGGUGAAGUUCCGGCUGCGCAGCACCCCUGCGCCCACCCAGCUUGGGCCCACUGGGUUCACAGGCACACCUCUGGAAGAGCUCCAGGCGGGGCCAUCCUGCCUCCCUGAUUCCUUCACCAGCCUAGUGGAUCCACAGCUGCACACCUGCUGCCCAGAAGAGUUCGCCCACCACAUGGCACAGUCCGGCUACAGCCCUGAGGAUGUGGCUGCUUCCCUGGAGAUCCUGCAAACUGUGGCAGCUGCUGACUGCUUCGGGGUUGACAGGGAGAAGCUGAGCAGACAGUUCCCUGCCCUGGAGAAGAUAGUGGGCCAGCGUACCAGGACGUUCUCAGACUAUGUCCAGGACCUCUUGGAGCAGCAACAAGUGAUGGAAGUUGGAGGCAACACUGUGCGUCUGGUGGCCAUGGCCUCUGCCCAUCCCUGGCUCCUGCAUUCAAUGCGUCUGAGAGACACAGAUGUAGACACCAAGGCCUCAGGGGAUGACUCCCAAGCCAGACUCCCUGAGGGGUCUACCGGCGAAGACCACACCUCUGAGGGGACAGCAGUGCCUCCAGACAGCUCCCAUAGCACCAAAAAGCGUGCCCACUGCUCUGUGGAGAGCCAUGAGACUGAUGCUGAGGAGGCCAUAAGACUCCCUGCCAAAAGACCCACACUCCAGGAUGUCCGAGUGGCGGCCAGCCCCAGGCCUGGGGCAGAAGAGCAGAUAGAGGCCCAGGCCUUGGCUCUGCUUGCGCCUCCUGAGGACGCAGGUGCAGAGAUCCCCAGGCAGGAGAACCAAGAGAGUGUUGGUGGUUCCGGCCUGGAGCAGCUGGGCUGUGAGUUCCAGCUUCCAGAAGGCUCUGAAGACCCCCGAGGACUUACAGAGAGCAACAUGGCCCAAGCAGCAUGGGAGAGUGGCUGCGAAAGAGUGUGCUUCAUUGGCCGCCCCUGGCGUGGUGUGGAUGGGCGCCUGAAUAUGCCCGUGUGCAAAGGGAUGAUGGAAGCCGUGCUGUACCACAUCAUGUCCAGGCCCGGGGUUCCUGAGAGCUGCCUGCUGCAGUACUACCAGGGGGUCCUGCAGCCCGUUGCCGUGCUUGAGCUGCUCCGGGGCCUGGAGUCUCUCGGCUGUAUCCAGAAGCGCCUGCUGAGGAAGCCAGCGGUCGUCUCACUCUUCUCCAAGCCUGUGGUGGAGGGCCUGGGCCAGGCCGGUGAGGCUGAGGCACUCUCCUACCCCGAGAGCACCGUCACCUUCUAUGAGCCUACGCUGGACUGUACCAUCCGCCUGGGCCGUGUCUUCCCCCACGAUGUCAACUGGAAUAAGUGGAUCCACUUAUAGAUGCUGCCCCGGGCCAGUGGAGGAGCCUCUGCCCAUGCUCUGUAGCUCGCCCUGGACUACCCCAGAGCCCUAUCCCUCACAAUGAUGUUACUACAUCUCUGGUGGGCCUAGCCCGCUUGUAGCAGCUGCCAGGUGACUUCAGUCCCCUCCACUCUGUGGCUCUUGCUUCCAAGGUGCCCAGCCUUCCUGCAGGCCCAUGUCCUGCUCUGAACUCAGGCUCCAGCAUCAGCAGUGUCUGCAAGGGUGGAUAUUGUUUGGGCAGCAGAGCUGAUGGCCAAGCCCUCGGUCACCUGGAACCCACGACACCAUUCAGACUCAGAGAGGAAGGGCUUUGUGGAGGCACGCCACAGGGAUACCUAGCAGAGUCUGCUCCUCUCUAGGUAGGACAUCCCAAUUGGGCUGAACCAAGCCUAGGCCUCUGACUCUCAUGGGGACCCCUCCUGCCAGAAGCAAGGCCUAUAGGUUUUGCUUUUGUUUGUUUUGUUGUUUUAUUUUGCUCUUUUCUCAUUAGAUACAAGCCCCUGGCAUGUAUUUAUUUAUUUUUUAAUUAAAGUGAGAUCAAAUGCA